AUGGAUAACGCUGAUGACCUAAAUCUCAGUAUUCAGCAAGGAUUUGAAACUCUACUUACAUUGCUUGCAAAAGGUGAAGCCGAGAAAACUCUGAUUGAAACUCAAUUUACUCAAAUUUACGAAAGGAUAGGUGAUCUCGAAAAUAUAUCUUUUCCUUAUUAUGUUAACCAUCGAUAUCGCUAUCACAAACUUCGUACUGCUUAUUUUCAAAAGAUUAGAGAUGAUAAAAAAGAAAAAAAGGAAGAAGGCUUACUUAGAAAAUAUGAAGCAUUAAAACAGCUACAUCCAAUAGCCGAAAGUUCGACUCAAACUGAUCGUAUACGUAGCCAAGAAGCGAAUUAUGAUUCCGACAUAUCAUGGGAAGCCGUCCAAGAUCUAGUUACGUCAAUCAGCAAUUUAGAAGACACGGAUCAGAUAGCAAGUACAAUCAAAGAUAUUCGAAAUAUCAUCAUACUUAUCUUUCAACGUCCUAUAAGAACAAUUGAUGAAUAUAUUAUACUACAAAGAAAAUCGAAUGAGAUUUUAAGUUUAUUCGAAGCAUUAAGAAUGACCGAACUGGAUGAUAUUCUAUUAGACGAAGAUACUGAUCAAAACUCUAAUUAUAUUGAUUUAUUAAAUGAUUUUAUUGACUUUAUUCACAAGAGUUUAGAAGAGCGACAAAUCUAUUUUGUUGAGAUGCUUCUUUCUGAGCUGCCGCUUCUGAAUAGAACAUUAUUCGAUGAUAUUCCUCAAACAGAACAAUCUAUUACACGUCGCUAUCGUGAAUGGGCUCGUAUCUUUCAUUCAGAUAAGCAUGGUGCAAAUCCAAAGUUCGACGAAUUAAUGAAACAUAUCAAUUAUAUGCGUGAUAGUCAUCUUUCAAGAAUAUAUUCGCUAUGCACGAAAUCAGAUGUUGCACAGAAUGAACUUGAAGAAGGACAUAAACAUGCUAAAUUAUCAAUGGAUUUUAAAAAACGUUUCAGUGAGGGAGGUGAUGAAGAACUAAACGUUGAAGAAUUAAAAAAAUUAUUCUCAUUUGAAGCACUUCGGGCGUUUGAACACUAUCGAGCUGCGCUGAAAUCCCUCGGAAGAAUGGAUCAGAAUGGAGCUGAUAUUAUGCAACGCGCUCAAAUUCUUGAAUGGAUGGCUCUCAUGAUGCGUCUGUCCGGAAACCAUGAUGUUGAAGCUCAACUCUAUUUAGUUGCUGCAAUCUAUAUAAUUACGCUUUCGACUAUGACUGAGAAAAUGUAUCAGAAAUUGCGAACGUUACAAAGUGCCCUAGAAAAAUACCAAGGCUUGUCAACAAGUACUGUCGAAGAGAAGAAAUCUACAGCUUCUACAAAUGCUAAUCGAGAACUUGUUUUAUGUACAAACCCAAAAUUAUCGUCUAGAGAAAUUCAUGAUGAAACUCAAGUUUUCAUUCGAGAAACAAUCCUUCGAAAAUGUGUUGUACGAUGUUCAAAGCCACAAAGUCUCAGUGUUGAAAAUAAUUUACGAAAAGAUGCAACUUUUAAGACAUCGACAAGUUCAUAUAUAAUAGCGAAAAGCGUCACAGCUCUUGGAAUGAAGCUUUUUACACCUUUAGUUGUUUCAUGGAUGUUAAACAAAUUGAUAUUUAGGAAGAAUAAAACAAAGUCGUUAGAAAAUCUUUCUGUCCAGUAUCCGAUACGGUCAAAAUUGAAUGAAAUAAUGAGUAAAGCAGUUGAUUGUUAUAACUCUGAAAUGUAUGGCAAGUUUAUUCAGUGUCUUUCGAUGCCCUAUUAUCAAGAUCAACAACUGAUGGACACAGUAAGGGGUAGUGAUACAAUCAGUAUUGAAAUUCGUGUAGAUCAACUCAUUUGUCCUUUACUUGAACAUGGGUUUCGAGCCGAUAAAAUUGCACAUCUUAUCAUUUUAAUAGGUGAAGUUCUUCUUCGUGGUGUUGACUUUGGUGAUCCAGAUCGAAAAAAUCCUUCACAUUCAGCAUUAUUAGAGCAAAGUAAAAUUCUUUUUCGAGGAGUUUACGACAGUUCAAAAUUAAUUGAAGCUGCUAAAAAACUCGACUCUCGGGUUGAAAAGUAUCAUCAUAAAAUGAUUAACAAAAUUACCAAUAAAAUUAUCAAUUCAAUUUCUGAACAAGAUAUUAAAGAUUCGAGAGAAACUCCAUUUUCUUACCGACUUACAGAUAGUCAAAGACUCGCUCGGCUCAAUUAUGCCAUCGCUUGUUUAUUGGCUGGAGGUAAAGACAACUUGGAACAAUGUAAACAAUCAUUGAAGCAACUGAAAUUAUCGGAAAACAAUGGUCAUGAUCGAUUUUUCGUUAUACCGGAUGAACGCAUCCAAGCUCUCGAAGAUCUACUAAGUGCGUUUGGAAUGGAUGAUGAUAAUUUUAAUUUCCCUAGCCCCGUAAAUAUAACCGCCAUUUGUAGUAAUACAGCAUUUGAUGUCGAUAAUAUUCAAUAUCUCAAAACUCAUUUGGGUUAUCAAGCUUGUCAAGUUGUGAAAAAAGUAAACGAAGAAGAUGACCAAUUGACUACGAUUGCUCAAAUAGUGCAUCGAGAGCAUAAUUUCGAUUGUGAAAUAUUUAUUCAAUUUGUUUUAGACAAGUAUUCAAACACUAACGAACACAUUCUUGAAUUACUUCGCCAUGAACGUGUUUCAACUUUAAGAGAGUGGGCCGAUAAAUUUCGAUCAAAUAGAAAAAUAUUUCUAUAUCAUGCUUAUUUACCACUCAUUUCAACAUUUGGCAAUAUUAAAAUACAACCAUGCGAUAUUGCUUCAGACGUCGAAUAUGGGCUCGUAUAUGUACCGUCUCGUACUCUCAUAGAUUAUACACUAGGAAAAGAUGAACCACAUAGUUUAUUUUUAGUUAUUCGUCCAGGAGAAGACCGCAUUCAUAGUUUAUUUACCGUGGUGCCUAUCGAAAUAAGUCAUCUUCAUUGGCAGCUAAAAGAAUUUCCUCAAGAUUAUCCAGGACGAGCAAAAAUUCUAUUACGAAUCGCCGAGUAUUACAUUGAGGAAGCUCGUCAAAAUGAUAAAAAGAAUCAUUUGUCAGCACUAUGCUGUUGGCAAAAAGCGCAAAAUUAUUAUACUGAUAUUCUUAGUAUGAAAGAAACUGCAGCAAAACAGGAUUUGGAUUUAGCUGAAACAGGCUAUUGUAAAUGCUUACUUAAACAACAUCGAUAUUCACGAAUUAAUGAACGCUUAAGCGCUCGCAAUCGUAUUUCGUCAGCUGAUCUAUGGUUGAUAUAUGCCCAAGCACAACGAAAUAUUGGAGAUUACGAUGCAGCAAAGUACGGCAUUCAAAAAGCUCUUGAUCUACACUCACUCGAUAUCGAUAUUAAACGAGAAGAAAAAGCAAUCAAAAUGAAAUACGAGCGGAUAAACGUCACUAAGCGACUAGAUUUUAAUUGUCGCUCAUCAAGUCUUGAUGAACAACAACCAUGGUACAACAUUUUAUCGAUUGAUGGUGGUGGAAUUCGAGGAAUUAUUCCUGCUAUUUGGUUGAUGGAACUUGAACGUAAGAUUCGACAGCCAAUAUCGUCGAUAUUCAAUAUUGUCGCUGGCACAUCAACAGGUGCGAUUAUUGCUGCAGGACUUACGACGCCUUCACUGGACAAUAAAACCAUGCCGCGUUAUCAAGCAUUUGACCUAGUUGAACUUUAUCGGUCAAAAGCAAGUAGAGUAUUCUCUGGGGAUCAAAGCACUAUCAGUCGCCUUCGAACUUCUUUUUUGAAAGAGCCCAAAUAUAUGGAUACUGGUCGUCAAGCGUUAUUCCAAGAGUAUUUUGGCGACGCAACAUUGUCGGAUUCUAUGAGUGAACUCAUUAUACCUGCCGUAAAAAAUGAAGGAAACGUUACCGACCAAUUUACACGACGCGCUAGUAAACAGGAUCCAACAAACAACUUUCGUCUCACAGAUGUACUCAUGUGUACCACGGCUGCACCGACUUACUUUCCGGCCUACCGGUUCAACAGUACUGUCUAUGUCGACGGUGGCGUACAAGCCAAUAAUCCGGCAAUGAUUGCUUAUGACCACACUUUAAAUUCUUAUCGAAAUUGUGAUAGAAAUCGUAUUCGUAUUUUAUCCUUGGGUACUGGUGACUUUGUUUCUGAUCCACUCAACCCCGAAGCCAAUCGAAAUCUCCUAUUCUGGGCGAGAAACCAUCAAUCUGUAUUUAAAAUAUUGAUGGAUGGUCCUCAGAAUAAUAUAGAUCUUCAUCUUAAUUCUGUUCUGGGUGACAACUACUAUCGAUGGCAAAUAUGGCUCGAAAAUCCUAUUGAACUUGAUGAUAAACAAGACACAACUAUUGAUCGACUAAUCGACUUAGCUCAUGGACACUUGGAAGAAAUGGAAGCAUAUGAUAAUCGUCAUCGACUUGGUUGUGUCAUAGAAAACCUACGUUCAAAAUAA